GGCGCGUAUGAGCAAAGCCUCGCAAGACGACGGCCAUGAUCGGCAUGCUGCUGGCCGCUUCGUGGGUCCUCUCGGGGCUCGCCCGUGGAUCGCCGCUGGAGGACGCCUGCGGUCCGCAACCCAACAAGAAGGAAAUGUUGUCAAUGCUGACGGCAGCGGCAGAUAUGUUCGUCGACUGCUACGAAAACUACGACAAGUACGGGAUUCCGUCCAAGUACCUGACAAAGGUACUGCCGACCAUCUGCAGCGAAUACGACGGCUGCCUGUCGUCCGCGAAGCAGGGUGAUGGCGACCAGAACGAAAAGAUUGUCCAGUGUAUUGUUGAGAAGAUCAAGGCCCAGCUGUCCGGAAUGGAAGACCUACCAAAGCCCGCUGACGAAGUCAGCGAAAAACUGUUCGGCUGCAGCUUUCGGAGACCCACGGUGCCGGUUGCGAAUCGUAAAAACUUCUUCGUGUGUAUCCACUGGUACCAGAUCGCAGUGUCCAUCGAAUAGGUGGCAACGCGCAUUGAAGACCCGUUUUA